CUCGACUUGAUGCUCUUGUACCCUCCUAUUCAUUCGUUUCGGGCUUGCGCGGUACACUGGCUUGGAUUUUGCAGGCUUCGUUGAGGUCGCCAUCAAAACUCGAUCUAUUUCUGGCCGACAAACCUCUCAGCCGUGCGACUGUUCCGCCAGAUUCUCGCUAGGCAGAGGCCUCUUGGAGCGGGAGUAGAAGGACUAUUGCUCAUCAAGCGACAUCCGAGCUCCUCGAGACCGUUACGUUUCACUCGUGCUUUUGUCCCGGACAACAUGGCCACCGUCAACUUCAAGCACGUCUCACAAGAGGUCUACGCACUAUCAAGCUCUUCGCAUUCACUUGCUCCGCUGGUGCGGGAGGCAUUGACAGUGAUCGAUGAUGCUCUGGAUGAAUUUGGACUGGAACGACUGUCUCUGAGCUUCAAUGGGGGGAAGGAUUGCACCGUACUGCUCCAUCUACUCGCUGCUUCCCUUGGUCGCAGAAAUCUCGCAUCAAAACGAAUUCCAGCCGUAUACAUUCCCGUGCCAUCGCCGUUUCCGCAGCUGGAAUCAUUCGUCGAAGAAACAGCACGGGAAUACCACCUUGAUCUGUUUCACUGUCCCUUGCCUGAGCCGGAGCUCCCAGUGGAGACAAUUGAGGCGCCUACUACGCCACCCUCAAACGGGCAUGGGAAGGGGAAUGAGUACAUCGGUCCUCGACCAGGUACGAAGGUCAAAGGAGGCGAGGGCAUGAAGCGGGCAUUGCAGCUAUACAAGGAACGCUUUCCGCGCAUUGACGCGAUUCUCAUCGGUACUCGUAAAACAGACCCGGAUGGAGCGAAGCUCUCGUUUCGUUCGCCAACCGAUGCCGAUUGGCCGCGCUUUCAGCGGGUCAAUCCCAUCCUCGACUGGUCAUAUAGCGCUGUAUGGGACUAUCUUCGCAAGCUCAAGGUACCAUAUUGCAACCUCUAUGAUGAAGGGUAUACAUCGCUUGGCUCGACUUACAAUACGUUCCGCAACCCGGCGCUGCUGAUCCAGCCAGCAUGCACCGAAUGCUUACCCCCAACGGCCACGGUCGUGUCAGAAAUUCCCCCACUGGCGAUGCCUCAUAGCCACCCAACCGACCUUGACAAUCACCAUCCACAUGCACCCGACACGCCCGUCUCCGACAUACCCGCUUCCGACACCAUAUCCGCCUUUCCCCUCCCGGACCACAUCGAGAUUAUCCCGGGCGAUCCUGGACGGGUGUGCAUCGCGGACGCGAACAGUAUCAACCCGCUCCCGGACAAGCUGGAGAUGAUCCGUGGAGACCCGUCGUUGACGUGCCACGCGGACGCGACGGGGGUCGACCCGCUGCCUGACCGGCUGCAAUGGAUCCCCGGUGACCCGUCGGCACUGUGCAUCGCGGACGCAUGCCAGUGCGAGCCGCGCUACCGACCUGCGUAUGAGCUGCUGGAUGAGAAUCUGGAAAGAGCGGGGCGCGCGUCGGGAAUCAGGCUGCCGAUGUGAUGGACGGUUGUAUGUAUAGUAAUGGCAGACGUUGGGUCGUGUAUCCGGAUAAGUGUUGUACGAUGUAGCAGGUCGCGUGGACUGCUCUGUCAAAGGAUUUUUAGAGGGC